AUGUUCAUCAAAAGCCUGCUGACCACGUCGGUCCUUGCCUGUCUGGUCUCUGCCACCACUCCACCAAAGCCCAAAUUCGAGGUCAUCGACGCAAAUUAUGAUGACAUUUUCGUUUUCCCAGCGCUCCCAGCUCUCAACAACCUGGACACGUACGAAGGCCUGACGUACACCGACUUCGACGUCAACCAAGUCGGCGUUGAUGGCGAAGCUCAGCUCACGGGCAUCAGGCCUCACACCACGUCCAACAACAUCGUCAGUGGCAUACAGGCGCUAUCGAAAACGGACAUCAACCCCGGCUUCAGUACGAAUGGCACCGAUACGAAGUACUUCGACUUGAAGUACUUCUACUUCGGCUGCGCAGUGAAUACGCUCGCAGGUGCUGAGGGUGUGGCACAGCAGUGCACCAUCAACGUCCGUGGCUACCGGAAGUUGCACGAUGCCAAUCCAGUUGCAUCUGCUCAAUUCUCUUUCAACCCAAAUAUCGUCGAUGUGCUCGUCGACCCUAAAAUCGCCACUUUCGAUAAGUCGUUCUCGGCGAUCCAGCGGGUCGAGAUUGUCCAGAUCGAGUCCACAACGGGCGAGGCUCUGAAUGUCAUCGUGCUCGAUGAUGUUGCGUACAAUCUGUACAAGUGA